GGUGCAAUAAGUUAGAGUGAGAAAAAAUAUACUUGUCUCACUUUAACGUAUUGCACUAGUCAGCAGUGCAGCUAAAAAGAAGAGACCUAUAGAUCGGUAUUCGUGGUUCGUCCUGAAAUUAAGGUCGUCUCGAGUAUGAUUUUCCAGUAGAAAACGCUAUUAGUUAUAGCUAAAUCGUGCAUUUUAACAUUAUGUAACCUGUAUCAAGUUUCGACAGAAUUGUAUCAAGUUGUGUCAAUAAACUUUUAUCAAUUUCUCUCUCACUAAUAUGAAACAUGUUACUGCAAGAUAAUCGUACGUACGCUUUAUUUUGAAAAAUCGAAUUUAAAUGGACAUGCGCGAUAUUUACGUGUAUUUCAAGUUACGUGCUCGUAGGCAGAACAACUUAUUUAAUUAACACGCUGGUAGAAGCUUUUUGAAAUUAAUAUUUAAUUUUUUUUCAUGAUAAAUAUAACAAAAUUUUAAAUGUAACUGCGUUUAAGUGCUCGCGAAUCUCGUUUGUGGUAAUUAAAUUAAGCAGACGGAUUGAGAUAGAUAAUGUUAUUUUACGAACUUGUUAUCUGCGUUUAAUCAUUCCCGAUACGAGCGAAUGCUUCGAUAAUAUUUUUUAAUCAACAUCGAAUAUGACGUGUACCUUAUUCUACGAACAGGAAUCCUUUAAAGAAGAACUACUUGACCCAGAGACCAACCGCUGCAUCUCCGCUUUUAUCCCAUCAAGAGGAUCAAGAAUUGGAUCUCGUUGUUCAAAGACUCAUCUAUGUGGAGAGCGCGAUAAGAAAGUUAACCAAGGAGAUGAAGAAGUACACGGGGGCUUUGGUAAAUUUGGACAGAGCUGAUCAACGAUUGAGUAUGAACCUGAUCGGUUGCGGAGUGGUACAGAGUAAUGACGAAUACAGGAAGAUAGUAGAAGACUAUUUUUCCGUCGCCACGCAAGUGGGGAAGAACGUUCAGGAGAUGACCAGCUUGUGCCACAGGAUGUUCGUGGAGCCUCUGAAGAAGUUUAGGAAUGAAUUUGCCGCUAUCGCCGCAGCGGUAAUGAAGCGCGAAGAUCUAGUAGCCGCAUGGAAGUACUCGCACAAUCGCGUGAAGAAGUUGCAAGAGAAGAAAGACAGAACGGCGAGUCACAUCGCGAAGCUGGAGAGAGAACGGAGAACGGAGGAAGUAGCGGCGAGAGAGCUGAAAACCGUGCACGCACAGUUGCUCACCGAGUUACCUGCAUUCCUUGAGAAGAGACUGGAUUACAUCAAUCCGAGCAUUCACGCUGUGAUUAUGAUACAAUUAAAUUAUUACGGGCACGCGACGCAGUUGUACACGCAACUGAUGCCCAUACAACAUUCCUUCGAAUCCACUUUGAACGCGACGCAAGUACCUGAAGACGAGUAUCAGCGAGCUGUAACGGCUGAACUCAAUAGAUUGAGGGCGCUAACCAUAGUGAAGGAUAACUAACUAGCUAAACUACCUGAAGCAA